GUCCUAAGUUCCAACUACACCGAGGAGUUGCUUAAGCUGAUCGAUGCGGACAAUCUACCCAUGUUCUAUGGGGGAACCAUGACUGACCUCAACGGUGAUCCCAAGUGCUCCUCCCGCAUUUGUUGGGGUGGAACCGUUCCUGAAUCCUGCUACUUGCCGCAGCCAGCUCGACAGGCUGACGGUUCCCCACUUGAAGCUGACCUUGACGACUCCUACGUGCUUGUUCCUAUUGGCCGUGGUGGCAAGGAGUACCUCUUCGUGGGUGAGGCGCGACCUGGUGACUUGCUCUGCUGGGAAUUCUUUACAGAGUCCAAUGACAUUGCCUUCAGCCUCUGGGUAAACCCCGCGCAAAACGGUACCACCUGUCUGCCCAGAGCAGAAGUUGUGCCAGACACCGAGGAGUCUGCGGCGGCAUCA